AGUCACGUUGCAACUGCGACUCACAUCCACCAUCACAUCCACCUCUCGGACUCGGUCUUUCUUUUUUAAAGGAGCACUGCUGUUUAUUCCCACGUCCCGCAGAAAGAAAAAAAACUGCUUCGGGAAGCUCAAAGCGAUCGGACACCUACUUUAAAUCAGCAUUUGGUUGAAUCGCUCUUCAUUCAAUGGGUCCGCGUGUAGUGCUGCUCUGCUCUCUGUUCGGAGUUCUCCUUGGCCAAGGAGCAGAGCAGAUCUCGAUAGAGGACUGCUGUAAGGAUGGCCAGAAGCGUGGCAGUGAUAAUGGAGACUGUGCAUCCCUUCCUCUCAUCUCUGAGUCAACCACAUGCAGGGUAGUGCAGGAGCAGUGCUGUGUAACAGUGCUUGAGGAUAACAUGUGCACCAAUGGUAUCAACUUGGCCAAACAAGGAGCCUGUGAUUCUUUAUUCACCAACACCUGCGAGACCAAGACUACAAAGAUGUGCUGUGACUGCUGUCUUCUGGGGAAGGCGACCCAGGAGCAGGGCCUACCCUGUGAUCACAACCUGUCGGUGGGCUAUCAGUGCAGCCUAGUGUCCCGUGCCUGCUGUGUGGAUGGAGCCCGAGAUAACCAGACAGCAUCUGCAGGACAACCUGAGCUACCAAACAAGGAUGCUACCAGUGAAAAUGGAGAAAAUUCAAUAUUAACUGAUCAGUGUGAAGGCAAAUGUGCUCAUCAGUGUGUCGGCAAUCACACUUGCACCUGUUUCAAAGGCUACAAAUUGAAACCAGAUGGAAAGAGCUGUGAGGAUAUAAACGAGUGUUUGCUGGGAGCCAGCAACUGUCGGGGAGGAGAGCGUUGUAUCAACACAGAGGGUUCAUAUCGGUGCCAGAGAGAGGUCAGCUGUGGAACUGGCUAUGAACUCACUGACAACAACAACUGCAAGGAUAUUGAUGAGUGUGAGACUGGUACUCAUAACUGUGGCCCAGAGUUUGAGUGCCAAAACACCCAGGGGUCAUUCCGUUGUGUUCCCAAGGUCAAAUGUGGGGCUGGCUUUAUCCAGGAUGCCCUGGGCAACUGCAUUGAUAUCAAUGAAUGUGUUAGCCAGACAGGUCCAUGCAACAGAGGGCAGGUCUGUAUCAACACAGUCGGCUCCUACAUCUGCCAGAGGAACUCUGUUAACUGUGGUCGAGGAUACCACCUUAACGAGGAGGGCACACGCUGUGUUGACAUUGAUGAGUGCAAGGGCCCUGAAAAGGCCUGUGCAGGUCAUGGUUGCAUCAAUCUGUUGGGCUCCUACCGCUGUGAGUGUGAGCCUGGCUACAACUUCAACAGCAUCACCCGGCUUUGUGAGGAUAUUAAUGAAUGCAGACACUACCCUGGCCGCCUGUGUGCUCAUAAGUGUGAGAACACUCUGGGAUCCUACAAGUGUAGCUGCACCACAGGGUUCAAGCUUUCUAGUGAUGGCAGGAAUUGUGACGAUCUGAAUGAAUGUGAGAGCAACCCAUGCAGUCAAGAGUGUGCCAACGUGUAUGGCUCCUACCAGUGUUACUGUCGCCGGGGAUACCAGCUCAGUGACAUCGAUGGCAUGACUUGUGAAGAUAUAGAUGAGUGUGCCCUGCCGACUGGGGGUCAUAUUUGUUCCUACCGCUGUCACAACACGCCUGGCAGCUUCCACUGUUCCUGUCCUAUCUCUGGCUAUACCUUGGCACUCAACGGGCGCAGCUGCCAGGAUAUUGAUGAAUGCGUGACGGGAACCCACACAUGCACAGUGAAUCAGAGUUGCUUUAAUGUACAAGGAGGAUUCAAAUGCCUGUCUUUCGACUGUCCAAACAACUACCGGCGCUCUGCAGAAACUCGAUGUGAACGCUUGCUUUGCAAUGACUCUGUCGAGUGCCUGGCCAUGCCUCUGAGAAUAACCUACUACUACCUCACGUUCCCCACCAACAUUCCCGUCUUCACCAACAUCUUCCGCAUGGGCCCCUCCCACUCCGCGCCUGGCGAUGACAUCCAGAUCGCUAUCACUGCUGGCAACGAAGAUGGUUUCUUCAAGAUUGAUCAGAUGCCCACUGGUGGCGUGAUGUCGGUGGCAAAGCUUAUCAACAAGUCACAUGACUUUGAUCUGUCUGUGGAGCUAAGGCUACGACGCUAUGGCACAAUCAGCACAUACCUGGCAAAAGUGCUGGUGUUUGUUACUCAGGAGGAGCCCAGAGUACCUUACAACCCCCUACUAGAAUAAACACAAGUGUUAUGUAGGGUUACAGAAGUUACUGCACUCUUAAAAAGGUUGUGUCAUUUUAAAUGAAUUGUCCCAUGAAGAAAAACACAAGUGUGUCCUCAACACAAAAUGAAAUCAACAUGAACAUACAAACAUAUAUUGAUGGCAUAGCACAGUUUUGCAGUCUAGGCUAUGGUGUAGCAUAGCAGAUGCAGAACAUACUAGACAGAGGUACAAAAUAUACAGAAGAGAUAAGUAUGAAGCUACCACCAGCUAUCUAACUUAGAUUAGCAUAAUACUAGGGUGGCUUCGUCCAGAGGUCCACCGCUGAAGCUCACUGAUGAACAUGCUGUGUCUCGUUUUUGUUUUUUUGUUUUGUUUUUUUGUUUUUUUUUGUUUUGUUUUUAAUCUACAAAAAAAAAAAAAAAGCAAAAUGUAAAUGACAACAAGAUUUGUUUUUUGGGGGGUUAAUAUGUAAGACCAUUUCUUGGCUGGGCACACUGACUUCCUGUAAUCCUUUAAACAAGUUUAAAAUUUUUGAAAUUACUAUAAACUAACAGACAAAGGGAGUCUAAGGCUGCCUUCUUUUUUCUGAUCAAUUAUCCAGCCUGGUUUCUAUACAUCACUUAAUAAUAAUAAUAAUUAAAUAUGAUUCUUUCUCACACUUAUCAUAUGUUAAAGAUGACUCAUAUUUUUUAGGAGUGGAAAUUAAAAACAAACCAAAAAACAGUACAAUUAACAAAAUCAGAAAGGAACAGUAUUUAGUUCUGUCACAUUUCACAUAAUCAACUUUUUAAUACUAGAAUUAAGGAUCAUUAUUCAGGGGUAUAAGCCCAAUUGAAUGUAGCUUUGUGGAAGUAGGGCAUUGUGAUAGCCGCUAGGUGGCGUUCUAGGUCAGGGUAACUUUUAAAAUGGUAACAAUCCAAGUCUGCCUACAACUAAGUGUAAUAUGAUGAUGGUUGCAUGAUAAAGUCUGACGUUUUGCAGUAUUUUAUGGUUUAUGUGUUGGAUGAACAGUUUUCUAUUAAAAUUGAAAUAGAAAUAA